AUGGCUGAUCACGAGCUCGCCGAUUACGAAGAUGAGCCAGAAUACCCGACCGUUGCUGGAGCGGGCGCUGGUGCCGUCGCAGGGACUGAAGAAGGAGACAAGAAGAACUAUGCAGGUAUCCACUCCUCUGGAUUCAGAGACUUUUUGCUCAAACAAGAGCUCCUGAGAGCCAUUUCUGACCUUGGAUUCGAGCAUCCGUCAGAAGUUCAACAAGAAUGCAUUCCACAAGCAAUUCUUGGCAUGGACGUGCUCUGUCAGGCAAAGUCUGGACAUGGCAAGACGGCCGUCUUCGUCCUCGCGACGCUGCAGCAGCUCGACACGUCGGAAAACAAAGUCUCCGUCAUUGUCCUCUGCCACACGCGCGAACUGGCAUUCCAGAUCAAAAACGAAUACAGCCGUUUUGCGCGAUACAUGCCCGACGUCCGCACCGCCGUCUUUUACGGUGGAACGCCUGUCCAAAAGGAUCAGGAGCUCCUCAAGAGUGCAGAGGUCCCGCAUAUCAUCGUCGCUACCCCUGGUCGACUCAACGCGCUCGCACGCGACAAGAGUCUCAACGCAAGUGGAGUCAAACAUUUCGUCCUCGACGAGUGUGAUAAAAUGCUCGAGCAGCUCGAUAUGCGGCGCGACGUUCAAGAAAUCUUCCGAAUCACCCCUCACAGCAAGCAAGUCAUGAUGUUCAGCGCAACGCUCUCGAAAGAGAUUCGCGUUACGUGCAAAAAGUUUAUGAACAACCCGCUCGAAAUUUUCAUCGACGACGAGUCAAAGCUCACAUUACACGGUCUCCAACAACACUUCCUUCGCCUCGAGGAGACCCAAAAGAACCGCAAGCUCAACGACCUCCUCGACACCCUCGACUUUAACCAGGUUGUCAUCUUUGUCAAGAGCGUCGGACGUGCGGUCGAAUUGGACAAGUUGCUCCGAGAAUGUGGCUUCCCGUGCAUUACCGUGCACUCUGGUCUCUCUCAAGAGGAGCGUAUCUCACGCUAUAAAGAGUUUAAGAACUUUGAAAAGCGUAUCCUCGUGGCGACUGACAUCUUUGGACGCGGUAUCGAUGUCGAACGUGUCAACAUUGUCAUCAACUACGACACUCCCGCAGACGCCGACUCGUACCUUCACCGUGUCGGGCGAGCUGGUCGCUUCGGUACCAAAGGUCUAGCCCUUACGUUUGUCUCGUCCCAGGCCGAUCUGGACGUGUUGGAGAAGAUUCAGAGCAGAUUCGAGGUUGCUAUCACGGAGAUGCCCGCCGAGUUGGACAAGACGACGUACAUGACCGGCUCUUCUUAA